CUCACGGCCGUCAUCUCCACGCUCGCCCUCGGCGCAUUCUCUCAGCUCGCCACCGCAGUCCCCGCCCCUGCGCCCGCCGCAUACCACACUCGCGACAUCUGGGCCCCGCACAUGACGUACCUGAUGGCAGAGACAGCCUGGCAGUUUGGUCAGGCCUACACCGUCACCUGGGACGCCUCGGAUGCGCCCAUGAAUAUCAUGAGUGGCAACAGCGGCUUCAUCCUCCUCCGUUCUGGCGAUUAUGAGAUGUCUCCUAUCCUCGCGCAGAACAUCCACCUUCGUGAUGGACAGUAUCAAGUGACUGUGCCAGACGUCGUCACUGGUAGCGAUCACAGUCUGGUAUUAUUAAGAGACUCGGGGAACUGGGGUCCGGAGUUCAUGAUCAAUGGCCCGGUCACGUUCUGAACGCGCACUCAAGGAAGCAACUAAACGACAGUAGCACG